CAGGGAGAUAGUUACCCGCAUCACGCUCAUUUCCACCGACAAGGCCACGACACCGCAUCGCAACAUUCUUACCUACCGUAUCGCUCGGCACGCCCGGCCCGUGUAGCGUCUUCUUCGGCGUUGCCUGCGGCGAACCGACUAGACGCGCCUGGAGCUGGCUGAUGCUCGCUCGUCAGCACCCGUGACCCGCCCUUCCCGUGCCUCAUCACCCACCGCCGCCGUCCAAGUAUGCCCGGCAGACCACGCCGCCAGCGCACCCAUCGACAGUACCAUCACGAGGCGCGCGGCGGAAAUUGAUGCGGGAUGCCUUCCACACCUCCGUACCGACCGACCGACCCGCCCGAUUCGCCCACCCACGAUUCCGACUCCGAUCUCGACCUCGACAUCCAGGAGCUGGAUCCCAUCGCCUCUGAGCCUGUCCGCGGAUCCCAACGCGAUCAGGCCGCCCCCGAGCCGAGGACUGCAAGAAUAGCUCUGAGAAAUCUGCGUAUGGGAGGCUUGCGCCGCGCGAACAAACGAGGUCGCGGGUAUGGGGAUCUGGGCGCCGACCGGGACGACUCCAACGACCACGCUCGGGGGCUGCUCGACGAUCACGAUGAUGGCCGCCAGCCUUGGUCAGAUGCGGCGGGCGAUGGAGAGGAUGGCAUGCCGCUACUUGGAGGGGGGCAAAGAUCCCAUGCUCGGCGGACAUCGCGGUCUAGCCUCCGCCUGCCGAGCUUCAUGAUGAGCUCCAAGAAGCCCGACGACGAAGCCCCCGAGCGGCAAGAGGAGGACGAUCCCUCGAUGUCGAGGCAUGUUGCUGUCGGAUCCAGCCAGGCCACCAAGUUCCCGACGAACAUGAUCUCCAACGCCAAAUACACCGCCCUGACUUUCCUCCCAGUCACCCUCUACAACGAAUUCUCCUUCUUCUUCAACAUGUACUUCUUGCUCGUGGCACUGUCGCAAGCUAUACCUGCCUUGCGCAUCGGCUAUCUGUCAACUUAUAUCGCCCCUCUAGCGUUUGUUUUGUGCAUUACCAUGGGAAAGGAGGCGUACGACGACAUUGCGCGACGGCGGCGCGACACGGAGGCCAACUCUGAGGAGUAUAAAGUGCUCUCCUUUGGCGACCCCGCAUCUCGCCCAGCAACCUUGAGGCCGCGUAAGCCUUUGAGGUCGGACAAUCUGCGACGAAACCUUCGGAGAGGACAGGGCAGCCGCCAUGAUCUGUCCGACAUUCAAGAAGAAGACAGCCAGGGGGAGGACGUCCAACCAUCCUCAUAUGUCCAAGAGACUAGCCGCAAGUCGAAAGACCUCAAGGUUGGCGAUGUAUUGAAGCUAGGAAAAGGCCAGAGAGUGCCAGCAGAUGUUGUAAUUCUGCAGUGCUACUCCUCAGACGGCCUCGCAGUCACCCCAACCAAGGAGCCAGCAGAGGAGGAGGUCUUGCUGGCCCUCGAUGAGGCGGAUGACCCAAAAGGAAAGCAGCCUGCGGCGGAAGCCAUCAAGCAUGAGGCAGAGACCGGUUCGGUGGGCGAGACCUUCAUCAGGACGGAUCAACUCGAUGGCGAAACCGACUGGAAGUUGAGGCUGGCCUCACCCCUUACCCAGAACUUGGCGGCCGAGGAAUUCGUGCGCCUGCGCGUCACAGGCGGAAAGCCGGACAGAAAGGUCAAUGAGUUUAUUGGAACCGCCGAACUGCUACCUACUAGGCAAGACGCCACCGCGCACCAUUCUAUGGUCCCUAAUGAUGAGCAACACACACAAUCAGUGGCUCUGUCUAUCGACAACACGGCGUGGUGCAACACCGUUAUUGCCUCCCAAGGAACGACGCUCGCGGUCAUCAUGUACACGGGCCCGCAGACACGGUCGGCUCUGUCGACAGCGCCUUCUCGCUCCAAAACUGGCUUGCUCGAGUACGAGAUCAACUCCCUGACCAAAAUUCUCUGCGCGCUCACUCUGGCCCUAUCCAUCAUCCUUGUGGCAUUGGAAGGCUUCGAAAACACCGAAGGUAACGUGUGGUACAUCAAAAUCAUGCGUUUUUUGGUCUUGUUUUCGACUAUCGUCCCCAUUAGUUUGCGCGUCAACCUUGACCUCGGGAAGAGCGCAUACUCCCGGUUUAUUCAGCGUGAUCCCGGCAUACCUGGUGCCGUGGUGCGCACAAGCACAAUCCCGGAAGAUCUCGGCCGGAUCGAGUAUCUGCUCAGCGACAAGACCGGGACACUAACACAAAACGACAUGGAGAUGAAGAAGAUACAUGUUGGCACCGUGUCCUACGCCAACGAGGCCAUGGAAGAAGUCGUCUCCUACGUCAAGCAGGGGUUCCACAUCCAGCCCACCACGGAUCCGGCAUCCCAAACUGCGUUGAUAACGCCAUCAUCGACGUACUCGGCGACGGUCAACGUGGGUGCAACUCGCACGAGGAGAGAAAUAGGCUCGCGCGUGCGAGACGUUGUUCUCGCCUUAGCUCUGUGCCAUAACGUCACGCCGACUGUCGAUACCGAGGAUGGUAGGGAAAUCACUUCGUAUCAAGCCUCUUCGCCAGACGAGAUUGCCAUUGUCAAGUGGACGGAGUCUGUUGGCCUGAAGCUGGCGGCUCGCGAUCGCAAGAGCAUGACCCUCGAGUCGACGGAUGGCCGGGUCGUCGUCCGCGUUCGCAUUCUCGAAGUCUUCCCCUUUACGUCGGAUGGAAAGCGGAUGGGUAUCAUUGUUCACUUUCAUGAGAACAUGAAUGCCACGCCCACCGAUCUCAAUAGUGGAGAGAUUUGGUUCUACCAAAAGGGCGCCGACACUGUGAUGGGCUCCAUCGUUGCUGCUAACGACUGGCUCGACGAAGAGACAGCCAACAUGGCUCGAGAGGGGCUGCGAACACUGGUUGUCGGCCGCAAGAAGCUCUCGGUCAAGCAGUACCGGGAAUUUUCGACUAAGCACCAGGAAGCCUCCCUAGCCAUCACUGGACGUGACGCCGGCAUGCAGAGCGUCGUUGCCCACUACCUAGAAAACGACCUGGAGCUGCUCGGCGUGACCGGUGUGGAAGACAAGCUUCAGAAAGACGUCAAACCGUCUCUUGAGCUGCUGCGCAACGCGGGCAUCAAGAUAUGGAUGCUUACUGGCGACAAGGUGGAGACGGCGAGAUGCGUCGCUGUGAGCUCCAAGCUGGUCGCCAGAGGCCAGUAUAUCUACACCAUCGCCAAGCUGAACAAGAAAGACAGCGCGCAGGACCACCUCGACUUCCUCCGCAGCAAGACAGAUGCGUGUCUGCUCAUUGACGGCGAGAGUCUGCAUCUGCUGCUGACACACUUCCGCAUGGAGUUCAUCUCCAUUGCGGUGCUGCUGCCGACGGUGGUCGCAUGUCGUUGCUCGCCGACGCAAAAGGCCGAAGUCGCCAAGCUCAUCAAAGAGUAUACGAAGAAGCGCGUGUGCUGCAUAGGAGACGGCGGAAACGACGUGUCAAUGAUUCAGGCCGCCGACGUCGGCGUCGGCAUCGUGGGCAAGGAGGGUCGCCAGGCAAGUUUGGCAGCCGACUUCUCGAUUGAGCAGUUCUAUCACCUGGUGAAGCUGCUUGUAUGGCACGGCCGCAACAGCUACAAGAGAAGCGCGAAACUUGCACAAUUUGUUAUCCACCGCGGCCUCAUCAUCGCCGUGUGCCAGACAAUGUAUAGUAUUGCGCUCAAGUUUGAACCCGAAGGCUUGUACAAGGACUGGUUGCUCGUGGGGUAUGCCACGGUUUACACUGCAGCGCCUGUUCUGUCUCUGGUCCUCGACAAGGACGUGGACGAGAAUCUGGCCAACCUGUAUCCGGAGCUGUACAAGGAGUUGACGUCGGGACGCUCGCUGUCGUACCGGACGUUCUUUGUCUGGGUGUUUGUGUCCAUAUAUCAAGGCGGCAUGAUCCAGGGCUUGUCGCAGAUCCUCACCGAGGUGGACGGCCCGAAGAUGGUGGCGGUGAGCUACACCGUCCUUGUGCUCAACGAGCUCAUCAUGGUGGCAUUCGAGAUUACGACGUGGCACCCGAUUAUGAUUAUCAGCAUCCUUGGCACGUUUGUCGUCUUUGUCGGGUCGAUACCGUUUCUGGGAGGAUAUUUUGAUCUCGAGUUCAUCAUAACAUGGGGCUUCCUCUGGCGGAUUCUGGCCAUUGGUGCCAUUUCACUGGUGCCGCCGUACGCCGGCAAGCUGAUUAGGAGGGCCAUCAAACCUCCGUCGUACAGAAAAGUGCAGAAUAGAUGACGGGCUCGGCCGUGGAGUAUAUGGCGUUUUGCGCAUUGCGAGGCGGCGUCUCUUCCCUAGAUAGCUCAUGCGUGCAUUGCUAUACACAUUAGUUUGCUCCUC